UCAACUUUUUCUAACCGCCUUUGCCCAAUUCCCUCGCUCUCUCUCCUCUUCUUUUUCUUCUCACAAGGGUUAAUUCUCUCGUGGGCUUCUUCUUUUUUUCCCUUUCUGUGUUCUUCUCUGUUUCUUUGAUCCAUUUAUCUAACUCUCUCUUGGAUUUCUCUUGUUUUUCCCCUCUCUCUCUCUCUCUCACCUUGAUUCCUCCCUUUAUUUCGGAUUUUGGGGUUUUCUUCUUGUUCUUUAGCGUUUUCUCUCAUCUGGGUUCUGUUUUUUUUGCCUUUAAACUGGUGGGUUACUCUGUUUUUCCUCUGUUUGUGCCAUUUGAUGGCCUGUUGAUGUCUCUGGCCGUUGAAGUCGGUUCGAGUUCAAAAGGGAUAAUGGGGUUGGACAAAGAAGACGAUUCUCCCGAAGUUUCUGAGCCCAAAAAAGCUGAAGAUGGAGAAGACGUCGAUGCGACUUCUGGGUUGAGUCGAAAAAUGAGUGAGUCCUCAAUCUGUGCUACUGAAGAGGAAGACGAUGAAGAUGGAAGGAAAAUCGAAUUGGGUCCUCAAUACACUUUGAAAGAACUCAACGAGAAGGAUAAGGAUGAUGAAAGCCUGAGGAGGUGGAAGGAACAGCUUCUGGGUGGUGUGGAUUUUGAAUCUGUUGGAGAAACUCUUGAGCCGGAUGUUAAGAUUUUGAGCCUUGCUAUCAAAUCAUCAGGCCGGCCUGACAUUGUUCUUCCAGUGCCUGAAUGUGGGAAUCCCAAAGGCCUCUGGUUUACUUUGAAGGAGGGCAGCCGUUAUAGCCUUAAGUUCACUUUUCAGGUCAGCAAUAACAUUGUUUCUGGCCUCAAAUAUACCAAUACAGUCUGGAAAACUGGCGUCAAAGUUGAUAGUACAAAAGAGAUGAUUGGAACCUUUAGCCCUCAGCCUGAACCUUAUGAUCAUGAGAUGCAUGAAGAAACAACCCCUUCUGGCAUCUUUGCUAGGGGAUCUUAUACAGCCAGAAGCAAGGUCAGUUCUAUGAUUUUAACAUGUCAAUGGAUUAGUAGAAUAAUGUCUACUGCUUAUUUUGAUUGGAUUAUACUUCUGAUACUGAUCCCGACCCAUUUAGACGAACAAUCUAGUCCUUAAACUGUAAUUGGUAAUGAUUUAGUCUCGUUUUAGUUCUUGAACUUUGAAACGAGAGAGGAGAUAUCUAGUCCUGUAAUUGGUAAUGAUUUAGUCUCGUUUUAGUUCUUGAACUUUGAAAGAGAGGAGAUAUCUAGUCCUUAACUGUUAUCGGUAAUGAUUUAGUCUCAUUUUAGUUCUUGAACUUUGAAAUGAGAGAGGAGCAAUCUAGUCCUUAAACUUGAAUUGGUAACGAUUUAGUCUCGUUUUAGUUCUUUCCUUUGAAACGAGAGGAGCAAUGUAGUCCUUAAACUGUAAUUGGUAAUGAUUUAGUCUGGUUUUAGCUCUCGAAAUUUGAAACAAGAGAGGAGCAAUCUAGUUCUUAAACUGUAAUCGGUAAUGAUUUAGUCUCGUUUUAGUUCUCAAACUUUGAAGCGAGAGAGGAGCAAUCUAGUUCUUAAAUUGUAAUCGGUAAUGAUUUAGUAUCGUUUUAGUUCUCGAACUUUAAAACGAGAGAGAGGAGAUAUCAAUGUUGAAUUUGAAUCCAUUAUGGAUAGCAAUUAAAGGGCUGCUAUCUAUCUCAACUGCACCUGCUCAUUUAUGGGUAGCAUCACAUGGCUGCCUUUAAGGAAAGCAGCAGCAGCAGCAGCUUAUUAUUGAUAUCAAUAUCAUCUGCCAUGGCUAUCAAUGCAUAUUAUAUAUGCUUAUGCAAUAAGUAACAUGAUACUCCUUGUUUUAAAAGACAUGUUUUUGUUUUAUCUUGGAUUGCUUGUUCUUGGCAUGAAUCUAUGUCUAUAAUCUUGUCUGCUGGUUUUGUUGGGUUUGUUUUUUGUGUUCUGUUUUUGGCUCAGUUUGUUGAUGAUGAUAACAAGUGCUACUUGGAGAUCAAUUACACAUUUGAUAUUAGAAAAGACUGGAAGGAGGACCAGGUUGCUUAAUCAUAC